GGCGCCGUCUUUUUAAGAAAUAAGUUAAAGUAAGAAAAUGGAUAUUUUCAAGUUUUUUCAUUGCACAAUCUCAAUAACGUUGCUAUUUUUCGAGAAUUCAUGCACGCAAGGAAAGCGUGUUCCCCGAGUUGUGAACGGAUUCAGCAGUUACGCCCCUCACCAAGUUAGUCUAGUCGACACGGAAGCUAAUUCGCACUUCUGCGGGGGCUCGAUCCUCAAUUCGCUCACCAUCGUUACCGCGGCGCAUUGUAUGUACCGUCGUAAUCGUUGUGAUGAACCGCCAACAUCGACCAUCCCGCGAAAACCGAAUGAAAUUCGUGUCGUCGCGGGACAGUACAGUCCCCAACUGCGCGACGCCACAGAACAAGUCAGGCAGGUCAAGGUCCUCCGAGUUUAUGGCGGAUUUGACGAAAGCACGCUGGAAAACGAUAUUGCCCUCAUUCAACUGACCGCACCCCUUAACGUUAACCGAUUCGUCCACCCGAUUCGACUGCCCAAUCUAAACAGACAAUUUAAAGGAAAUGUAACGGUGUUCGGAUGGGGAUCCAAUCGUGUCAAGGACUCUGGGUUUACCGCCCAUUCUAUUCCGACCACACCGGAAACCCUGCAAUCCGGGGUGAUGUCAAUCAUCCCAAGUAACGAGUGUCUUCGCGGUCUCGAUUACUGGACUGGAUUCGAUAACCAAGUCAUGUUUUGUGCAAAGUCGAAUAAAACAACGAUUUGUGCAGGUGACUCUGGGUCUGGCGCCAUCUGCCAGUAUUGCGGUCAAUCGAUCAAUACCAUGGAUUCCGAUACUGAGGCCAGCAGCACUCAACGCGCCUGCAUCGAUGUUCUUUGCGGCAUAAAUUCUGCCGGUAAAAAUGGGAUGGAUUGUUUAGUUGACAAAGACGGAAACCUCUACAAUUCUCCACCGCCCGCCGUUUUUACUAAAGUUUCCGUAUUUCCGACCUGGAUUAACUCCAUGCUCCGCACCGAAUUCAAAGUAAAUGACAUUGCGAUGGAUAUGUUGACUGUAACGAUGGCUCAGACGAGAAUAAUUGUACCCUUGCUGAUAAGACAGAAGAAGUGACGUAUACCCCGUUUAAGUGGGACGAUGCUAAACCCGUGACAAUUUUAAGGGAUGAAAUUGGACAAACGUCUGGAAAUGAUGCCAAUCUAACAAGAACCAACGACACCGUUGAGGCCGAUCCGGACGAUUACAAUUCUUCGAAUGAAUUAGAUAACGAAAUAUUGAAUCUUAUCAGAAAUUUUAGCAAAAUCACAAAUAGGACAAACAAUUUCGAACCGAUACCCGCCUUUACACAAAACUUUACACGUACCGAUAACACCACAGCAAAUGAGUCAGACACGCCGCAGAGUGAAGAAGAUGACACUAAUAACUUCACAUUUCGACCCGUACGAGCGUUUACGACUGAAACGGCAAAAAUGGAAGCUAUUCUUACUACUGCUAGUGACAUCUUGUUAAAUAAU